AGUAAAUUAAAAAUUCAUCUGAGAAUACACACUGGAGAAAAACCAUACAGUUGUGAAAUAUGUGAAAAGAAAUUUAGAGUGAAUAGUGACCUAAAGGUUCAUGAGAAUUUACACACUGGAGAGAAACUAAAGAGUUGUUUGGUUUGUGGCAAAACAUUUGGAACAAAGAGUGUCCUAAGAAAUCAUGAGAGGAUACAUACUGGAGAAAAACCAUAUUAUUGUAAAGUAUGUGGUAAAACAUUUGUUUCUAAUAGUAACUUAAGAAAACAUGAGGUAAUACACAGUGGAGAAAAACCAUACAGUUGUGUAGGGUGUGGCAAAGACUUUGUGUCAAAACGUGAACUGAAAAGCCAUGAGAUAAUACAUAUUGGGGAUAAACCUUAUGGUUGUGUAGUAUGUGGCAAAACAUUUGGAAGGAAAAGUGAUGUAAAGAGUCAUGAGAGAAUACACACUGGGGAAAAACCAUACAGUUGUGAAAUCUGUGGAAAAAAUUUUGGAAAAAAUACUUACCUAAAAAGACAUGAGAUUGUACAUAGUGGGGAAAAACCAUACAGCUGUGCACUCUGUGGCAAAGAAUUUGGAACAAAGAGUUACCUAAAGAAACAUGAGAAAAUACACACUGGGGAGAAACCGUACAGCUGUGUAAUCUGUGGCAAAGAAUAUGGAACAAAGAGUUACCUAAAGAAACAUCAGAGGUUACAUACUGGGGAGAAACCAUAUAGUUGUAUAGUGUGUAACAAAGAAUUUGUAUUUGAUACCAGCUUCAGAAAACACCAAAAGAUACACACUAGAAUUAAAUGCUGUGAUGUAACCAUGGAAGUAUUAAACAUGAAGACUGAACCCUUUUUUGAUGAGGAGCAGGAUGCUUUGUUGAAUACCAAAUUGGUGAAAAAUGAAGAAGAAACAUUUACAUUAUCUACAUCUACAGGAAAAUCUGAUUCCUUAGAAGAAAGAUCUUCACAUACCUUUUUGAAGUUUGGUGUUGCAAAGGAAGAACAAGAAGAGAACUAUGAUGGAGAAACAGAGGAGGCUGAGAACAAACUUGUUAGUGUGAAGACAGAGCAGCUUGGUGAUCUACUACAAGAUGAGAUUAUUUCAAAGUUCAGUGAUAAGGAUGAUAAUGAUCUGGAUGGUUCAAAGUACUGUGUUACAAAUGUGAAGAAAGAAAAGGAAUUUGAUAAUUUGGAACAAACUGGUUCUGAGUUAGGAAGUACAUCUGAUAUAAAGACCUAUGUGAACACCUCUUCUGGAAAUCAGUUUGCUGGUGAUCAUGUUUUAAUGGAAGAAGAUCCAUUUAUGGAAAUAGAAGUCAACAAAUCUCGGAAACCAAACAGUAAUGUAUUUGGAAAAAUGAAUUUAAGUGUACCUAACCUGAAACAUUCUGUUAUGCCUUCUAAAGGUGAGAAACAAUACAGUUGUUUACUCUGUGGAAAAGUAUUUGUAACAAAUAGUAAUUUAAAAAUACACCAGAAAAUACAUACUGGAGAGAAACCAUAUGUUUGUGUAGUGUGUGGCAAAGAAUUUCGAAGAAAAGGUAACCUAAAAACACAUGAAAGGAUACACACUGGAGAAAAACCAUACUGUUGUAAGGUAUGUGGUAAAAAAUUUGUAUGUAAUAGUUAUUUAGAAGUACAUCAUAAAAUACAUACUGAAGAGAAACCAUAUGGUUGUGUAGUGUGUGGUAAAAAAUUUGAAAGAAAUGGUAAUUUAAAAAUGCAUCAAAAAAUACACACUGGAAAAAAGCCAUACUGUUGUAAAGUAUGUGGUAAAAAAUUUGUAUAUAAUACUCACUUAAAAACACAUGAGACAGUGCACACUGGAGAAAAACCAUAUAGUUGUAUAGUUUGUUUAAAAAAAUUUGGAACAAAAAGAAAUUUAAAAAAUCACUUGAGAAUACACACUGGAGAAAAACCAUAUAGUUGUGAAAUAUGUAAAAAAAAAUUUAGAGUAAAUAGUGACCUAAAAUUACAUGAGAAUUUACACACUGGAGAGAAUCUAGGCAGUUGUCUUGUUUGUGGCAAAACAUUUGGAACAAAGACUAUCCUAAGAAAUCACGAAAGGAUACAUACUGGAGAAAAACCAUACAGUUGUAAAGUAUGUGAUAAAACAUUUGUUUUUAAUAGUAACUUAAGAAAACAUGAGGUAAUACACAGUGGGGAAAAACCAUACAGCUGUAUAGUAUGUGGCAAAACAUUUGGAAGGAAAAGUGAUAUAAAGAGCCACGAGAGAAUACACACUGGGGAAAAACCAUACAGUUGUGAAAUCUGUGGAAAAAAGUUUGGAAAAAAUACUUACCUAAAAAGACAUGAGAUUGUACACAGUGGGGAAAAACCAUACAGCUGUGCAAUCUGUGGCAAAAAAUUUGUAACAAAGAGGUACUUGACAAAACAUGAGAAAAUACACAUUGGGAAGAAACCAUACAGCUGUGUAUCUGUGGCAAAGAAUAUGGAACAAAGAGAUAUCAAAAGAAACAUUAAAGGUUACACACUGGGGAAAUCAUAAUUUACAGUGUGUAUCAAAAAAAUAUGUAUUUGAUACCAACCUCAGAAAACAAAAGAUACUCACUGGAAUGGAACCUUAACAUUGAAGUGUGUAGCAAAAACAUUCAAUGUACAUAUAGUGGGGAGAAACUACAGAGGAUUCAUACUUUGGAUAAACCAUAGAAGUAUGAAAUGUUUACAGUUAUGAUGUACAGUUGUGACAGGGAACACUCGUGUUUCGUGUGUAAAACCACAUCAGUAUGGUGUGUAGAAAAGUAUGGAACCCUAAAACAUCAGGAGUACAAACUGUAAAUAACUCACCCAGGUAUGAUGUCUGUAGCUAGGACUUAUAAGGUGGUCCGUAUUUAGAAACGUUUUGUGAAGUGGAGUGUGUUACUAUGGACUUAAGAGAAAAUAAUGAAGGCUCUUCUAGGUCAUUUCUUCACCAGUUCCUUAGACAUGUUGAAGAAUCUUGUGAAUAUGAUAAGUUCAAUUGAUUUUGCUCAAUCAUAAUCUGUCAUAGAUAUUAUUUGAUUGUGUAAUUUCACUGUUUUCUUCUUUUUAGAAAGAGUUAAGUGGAAAACUCUGUAUUUUUUUUUAAUGUUUUCGGUGUAAAAUCUAAAUGUUUAUGUAAUAUAUCGUGCAGUUAAGUAAUUGUAGUCCAAUGAGUUCUUGGUCCAGGAACAUUUUGUAAUUAUAUCAAUGUAUAAUAAACCUCAUUGCUUUUCU